ACAAACGUCCGCUCGGACAGAGUUCGUUGCUAUGGUGACGCUCCCGUAAACAGCGGCAGCGUCUCGUGGAUCACCUGCGCUUUCAUCCAGACAGUUGUUGUCAUGGCAGCAGGGGCGGUGUCAACUCCACUCAUCAUUCCCAUCAUCCACCUGCAGAAUCACCAAGCCAAGAACCACAUCGACACGAACACGCCUGUGUCCAUCCAGUCAGACUCUGGAGGUGUGGAGAUCUUUUACACUCUGGAUGGUUCAAAGCCAGGGGCAGGGCAUCGAGGUGCAACAGGCAGCAGCAGGAAGUACAGUGAUCCCAUCCUUUUGCAUGCAGGCCGGGUGACCAUCAGAGCGGUAGCUGUUGCCAGUGAUGGCAGAGAGAGCUCCAUGGUCACAAAGGUUUUUUCCGUGGAUCCCGUCGACACCGUCCCACAGGACCUCCAGCAGUGUUCGCCUGAAGGAACUUCCAGUUCUGCUGGGACCUUAGAGCUGAGGGUGAUGGGAAACCCUUCCCUUCAUUCGGGUCCUCGUUUUCUGAAAGGCCGUCUGGGUUCUGGGACUGCUGCCACCCAGCUCACCUCUUCUCGCCACUCCCAGCCCGUGGUCUGUCAGGGGUCAGGUGAUCUGAGGCAGUUAAACAGCAGGGAAACGAACCGAGUGCAGCGAGAGACCGACUUCCUGCGGUGUGCUCACUGUCUUAGUCUCCGGCCCUCUGACCCAUUUGCUCGGUUCUGCCCUGAGUGUGGAACGCCGGUUCCUUCAUUACCCGGUUACAGGUUGCCACCUGCUAAGGGGGGACAGACGCUGCUGUGUGUGUUCUGUGGUUCUCUGGUUCCCGCCAACACUCACACCUGUUUGGUGUGUGAAGCCGCUGUUGAUCAGCAGCUGCAGCCUCAGGCCAGCGUCACGUUGCAGGUACACGUACACACGCAUACACACACACCCACGCACACACACCCUGUUGUGACCUGUGAUGGCGUGCAGGGACAUGUGGUGUGUGUCUGCUGUGGAAGUGGGAAUCCAGCUCACGCCUCCAGCUGUCUGACCUGCGAGAGCCGCCUGCAGCAGGUGGGUGGAGCCAGGAGCGGCGUCCCCUCUGACCCAGGAGCACACGGUAGGAAGUUGUCGUGCUCCAGGUGUAAACGUUUAAACCGCAGUGAUGCAAGAUUCUGCGACUGGUGCGGCUCCAAGCACGCUCACGCUGCCAGCUGUGUGACAUGUUGGCAAUGUGGGGCAAGCGGCCACCCCUACGCUUUCUACUGCGCCGUCUGUGGCAUCUUCCUGGAAGCACCGCCCCUGCUUGGAUCCUGCAGUGACAUCACACGACCUGUGGAGGGUAACGCCAACAAUCAUGUAAGCCGCACCACCAACAUCACACCGUCAACGUGUUUCAUAUGAUUCCAGUGAGUCAGCUUUCUCCCCCUGCGUGUACAGGCCACUACCUCAUCGCGCCUUCCACGAAGUGUGAAGAUAGCUCCGCCCACCAUGGAGCAAAGCACACAGACUGUAGGGCUCUAUUACCCAUCAGCCACUGAGCUGCAGAGGAAGGAGCAGCAGAGAGUGCUACAGCUCACUAGACAGCAGGCGUCGAGUGACCACCGCCCGCCGCUGACCACCAUCAGCCCGGGCCGAGGUUACUGGAGGAAGCAGCUGGAUCACAUAUGUGCACACCUGAGGAGCUACGCCCAGAACAAUGCCCCCUUCAGGGCCCUACUGGGAGAACCUCGUCUGGGCCGGAUGGUGUCAGCAGUGAUUCAGGAGGAUCGGUACGAAGUCAGUCUGACCGUCAGCUUUGUGGCAGCUGGACAAAAAGAAAAACAGGUGGGUGCUGAAGAUGUCGGUGUGGGACCUGCAGGUGGAGGAUCUGAGCCCAUCGAUUUGACCGAGACUCUGAGCAGCGUUACAGAGCGAACAGGAAGUGGUCAGGUAUCAGGUUCGCCGAAACUCUCCAAACUGACCCUGACAUCCAAACCUGCGGUGAAAGAUGUUCAGCUGCUGAAGGAGCUGAGUCACUGUCGAGGUCAGGUUGCUGUCAUCCAGCAGCUCCUGGACCAGGGGGCGGACCCUUCCUGCUGUGGGAGCGAUGGCCGACAUGCCCUGGCGGUUGCUGUGGUGAAUGGUCACCAUGACAUCCUUCCUGUUUUGGUGCAGCGAGGAGCCGACGUGGACCAGCAGUCCGGACGGAUGAAGAACACUGCUCUUCAUGAAGCUGCUGCUCUGGGCUCUGCAGGUCUGCCGUGUGCUGAGGUGCUGCUCAGCUGUAAGGCCAACCUGAGGCGGAGGAACGCCGCGGGUCAGACAGCGUACGAUGUGGCGGUGAGCUCGGGCUGCGGCAGCAUGGUGUCUCUGCUGGCGGCUCAGACUGGACUGGACUUACUGGGCCAACUGGGAAAGACAAACUGAACCUGGGUGUGUUCCUAUCGGUCUGAACAUGAAGUCAUGCGCUUAGAGAGUGACAUCACUUCCUGUCAGUGUGUAUGUGUCAGGUCUCAGGGAUGGUUGGAGUAAAUAAAAUAUUUUCAGAUGUGCCUUUUUUUUUUUACAGCUAUGAUCAAACUGUUUAGUGACUCCGCCCAUAAAAAAGAACAACACAUACCUCAUCCUGUUAUGGCACCGCUACUUCCUGUUCCUCUCAUAGGCCCAAAAUCAAUU